ACACUUAUUCUUUGUCUCUCUUACACACAAUCAGUUCUCUGAAAGCGAAGAAGAUGGCAUCAUGGAUGGUCGGAAAAGCCCUAAAAACCCUAAAUCCCUGCGCUCUGAGAACCCUCACCUCCUCCGCUCGCCGCUUCAGUGUCGCGGUGGCAUCCGGCGAGUCAUCAUUCACCUUCUCCUCCAAAGAUCCAAGAGCCGGCGAGGGAGACGACACAAUAUACGUGAAGGGCCGGGAAAGGGCGUCCGAUUCCGUGAGCAUGCCGAUGUCGUUUAUGACUGGCUCGAUUGUUGGAAAACGGUUCUACAAUGAGGUGACGACGAAAGAAGCUGACGACGGGAUUGGGUGGAGCGUCAUGCUGGAUUACAGGACGCUCAAAACCCCCUCCAAGAGGAAUCUCAAGUGCCCAACCCUAGCUCUGGCUAAGGCCAUUGCAGCUGAGUGGGAGUACCAGCAAACAGAUGGAAUUAGACCAUUUACAAUGCCUCUGAUGAAGCUUGCUUGUACUGCAUUGGAAAGAGUACCAGUCACUAGGCCAAAGAUAAUUGGAAAUCUGAUGCAAAAGUUCCAUCAAGAUCUGGUAUUUGUUCGUGCUCCCCGAGACAAUGAUCUUACAAGAGAUCUCCGAGAAUUGCAGGUGGAGAAAUUCGGUCCCCUAAUUAAAUGGGUGGAAUUGGAAUUUGGCUUUAAGCCCGUUGUGUACACUAGUUUCUUUGGUGGAAAGCAGGAAGAGGGUCUUGCUAAGGCUUUUGAGAACGUUCUUAUCAAAACGGAUGAUUAUGAACUAGCUUCAAUAGAUGCAAUUGCUGCAGCUGCACACUCUUUGAUCAUUGCAGUUGGCAUGUUUCGUGGGAAGUUGAGUAUUGAGCAAGCAAUUGAGUUGAUAAGACUGGAGGAAGAUUUACAGGUUGAUAGGUGGGGUUUGGUUGAAGGGGGCCAUGAUCUUGAUAUUGCCGAUCUUAGAGUUCAAAUUUCAUCUGCAGCUGUGUUUCUAAGACUUUCAAGAAAACAUUAAUUUCUGCCUCAAUUAUAGUCAGAUCAAGGAUCGCCUUUGCAGCACUGGAUGCAUACUGGUGGCUGUGUCGUGAUAUCACAGUAACAGCAGGCUACAUCACAGUCACUGCUACAACCUGCAAGGUAAAGCAACCAUCAGAGUAGUUUUAGAAAAUAGAAGAGUAAGAUGUAUUCACGUUGAGCUGUGCAGAGCGCACCAGUUAUAGUAACAUAUUCAGACAUUCUUAGGGUUUGAGGAUUCACAAGGAGGGGGAGACGGGCAUUUGCUCCUGUAACUUGUGACACUAAGUGAUGAAAGAUCACUAGAUUUAUUAGGCAAACAACAGCUAAAUUUGUGAUCUUUGUGAACAUGAUGGGUUGUGUGGUUAGUUCUUAGGUUGUUGAA